AUGAUAAAUAUUUUUAAAAAACAAUCAAUAUUCUUAUUCAUUGUUUUAGCAAGUUUGAUUGGAGUUGAAUCACAAUGGAUUACCGAAGCUGAAUAUUCUGUAGCUGGUUGUAAUGCAAACGGUGUUAUUAAUAGAGUUUCAGCUUAUUUAAUCAAUACUUGUUAUUCACUACCAGGUGCUAAUCAUAAAUUCGUUGUUACUGGAACUCAAGUAACCAAAUACCAAUACAGUUCAGCCGCAGAUUGUUCAGGAACAGCAACAACCACAGAAGCUUAUUCUUUUGGUGUGUGUUAUGAUAAAAUUAUUUACGGAAAUUAUCCACAUCCACCGGUUCUAUUAGAUGGUUGGGCCGGAUUUGAACGUGUACCAUAUGGAGGAUCUCCAUGUACCUCAGUAUAUGAAGCUUCAAGACAUACAAUUAAACAAAAUGCAUGUGUUAGUAUGAGUGAUUUCCCAGGAACCACAGCACUUGUUACUGGUGGAGUAGCUGGAAGUACUGCUAUUGCAUCGAUGUACGUUGCUAGUUGUGCCAUUUCGAAUCCUUACACCUUUAAUUCCUGCAACAGCUUGAAUAUCAGACUCACUGGAUUCAUGGCCGCCACUACCAAUACUUUUACUGUUUCACCACCAACAAUUAAUGGAUACACUCUUAGUUUUAGUUCAUUUGCAAUGACCAGUUCUAAAUAUACUUAUUAUUAUUUAAUUGAAUACCUCAAUCCAAACACUAAUACAUGGGUGCAGACAAGCUAUACAAAUCAACCUUCAGGACCUGUCUCCAUCACCGUUCCACCUUUACCUUCAACUCAAAUCAGAUUUACAGCAAGAACUUAUACAUUGAUUGGUGGAUACGUACAAAGUUAUACUACCAUUUCUUACACUUUAGCUCCAGCACCCGAUGUAAAUACUAUCAAUAUUGAUGUUCUUACAACUAAAACAAUUACCUUUUCUUAUUCGGCCACUAAUAAUCCAACUUCAUUUGCUGUUACAUUUAAUGGAGUUGCUCGUCCAGAGUGUUCUACAAAGAGUUCUUGCGCCAUUACCAAUUUAACACCAGGAUCGGAUUAUACCAUUGGUAUUAUUGCUAAAAACGCAGCUGGAACCUCGCCAGAGAAAAUAGCAACUGGAAAAAUACUUUCUCAAGUAUCUGCUCCAGUUCUCAAUAUAGUUCCAUCUCAAAAUAAAAUGGUGGUUAGUUAUACGACCACAGGUGGUAUACCAGGUCUAACAUUAUACACCACCUCUAUGAAUGGUGCCAUUGUUACUGGUUGUAAUGGAAUUUCACAACUAUCGUGUACUGUGACCGGAUUACCAGCAUUUUACUCUCAAAAAAUAACUGUGGCUGCAACUAAUGAUGGUUUUACUAUAACAUCUAAUCAAGAUGUUGAUUAUAUAAUACCAACAAUGAAUCCAAUCCAAGUAACUACUGUUACAACUAAAACAAUUACUUUUACUUAUACUGCUUCAAUGAGCCCGACAUCAUUCGAGGUCAAAUUCAAUAAUGUUGUUCGUCCUGAAUGUGCUUCUAUGACUUCAUGUACACUCGCCAAUUUAACACCGGGUUCUGCUUAUAGUAUUUCUAUUACUGCAACUAACAUUGCCGGUACCUCGCCAGCUGUAACAGCUUCAGGUUCCAUUUACGCACUCGUAGCUAUUCAAAUUACCACGGUUACUCCAACACCCAACCAAAUCGUAGUUGCCUAUUCUUCAACUGGUGGUAUCCCAACGCAAACCAGAUUCACCACCACUCUAAACGGAACCGAGUACGCACCAUGUAAAAAUAUUGCUACCACACAAUGUACCAUCACAGGACUGGCAGCAACUUUCACCUACACAAUUGGAGUAUCAGCUAUCAACGAUGGAUACACAGCUUCAGAUUCAGAGUUAUUAGAGUUUUAUCCACCAACUUUAUCACCGAUUACUAUUAAUAGUUUUAGAACUAAAUCAAUUACAUUUAGUUAUUCAGCUACAUUUUCACCAACAUCAUAUACAGUUUUAUUUAAUGGUGCACAAAGAACAGAAUGCUCGACAAUGACUUCUUGUUCGAUUAGCGGUUUAACUCCGGGAUCACCUUAUAGUAUUUCAGUAACUGCGCUCAAUGCAGCUGGUUCCUCAGGAGCUCAAACAGCAUCCGGUAAUCUAUAUAACAAGGUAUCGGUACCAACUAUAUCCACUGUGCCAGCACCCAAUGAAAUAACUGUCACCUACCAAUCGAGCAAUGGUGUCCCAGGUGAGACUGUCUAUACUACUCAAGUUGAUGGAAAGAAUGUAGCUAGCUGUGUAAACAUUGCAUCGAAUCAAUGUAAAAUAACAGGAUUGGGUGCAGAAUACAAUGUUCUUGUCGCCGGUACUGCUUCGAAUGACGGUGAUUCACAAUCAAACACUCAGCAAGUUACCUACUUGUCGCCAGUGAUGAACCCCUUGCAGGUUUCCUUCACUACCAACUUGGUGCAGUUUGAUUAUUCGGCAUCGAGAAGUCCUACAUCGUACAAUGUCUACUUCAAUAGUAUUAUUCAUCCGGAAUGCGCUCAAACCACCACCUGCACAAUCCGUAAUUUAACACCUGGAUCCUCAUACUCUAUUGCUGUUAGUGCCACAAAUAACGUUGGUACAUCAGACAACCAAGUAGCAAGUGGUAAUAUUUAUCCAUCGGUUUCUGAACCAACUAUUUCACCAGUUGCCAUGUUAGGUAAAAUAAUUGUCAACUACUUAACAACUGGUGGUGUUCCUACCGAAACAACUUACACUACCAAGUUGGAUGGUGAUGAUGUUCCAGGUUGUGUUAAUAUAGCUACUUUGACAUGUACAAUCGGCGGAUUAGAUCCAAACUAUCAUCAUGACAUCACUGUUGUAGCAUCAAAUGACGGUUAUUCCAAACAAUCUACUGUUAUUGUUGAUUUCUUUGCACCUGUAAUGGAAAGUGUUACUAUUCAAAGCUAUAGAACAAAAUCAAUUAGUUUCAAUUAUUCUGCAACAAACUAUCCAACCUCCUAUAAUGUAAGAGUUAAUCAAAUUGCCAUUCCAGAAUGUUCUACCACAACCUCGUGUUCUGUUAGUCAAUUGGUACCAGGUUCAGCAUUUGUUGUUGAGGUUUCCGCUACUAAUGCAGCUGGAGCAUCCUCUGAUAAAUCUACAAGUGGAAAUCUCUAUCCUACAAUAACAACACCUGAAUUGGAAACAAUGUCUUAUAGCGAUAGAAUUGUUGCAAAUUACAAUUCUGAUGGUGGUGUUCCAACUGAGACUUUAUACACAAUCAAAAUGAAUGGCACUGAGGUUACCGAUUGUACAGGUACCACAAAAACGAGAUGUGAAAUCACUGGAUUACAACAACCAUUUAUUGCAAAUAUUUCUGUUGUUGCAUCAAAUGAUGGUGAUUCCAAAGAAAGAACAAGAGAAGUUAAAUUUAUAAUGCCAAUUCUAUCACCUAUCGUUAUAAAUUCUAUUGGAAUAUCAUCUAUAAACUUUACAUAUUCUACUACCAAUUCACCAUCAAGUACAUUCAUUGUUUCUGUAAAUGGUGAAUUGAAACCAGAGUGUGAAUUAGUUCAUUUUUGUUUCGUCAGUGGUUUAGUUCCAGGCUCGAAUGUAUCGAUUUCCGUUAUUGCAAGGAAUCAAGAUGGACAAUCUGAUCCAGUCGAUGAGAGUGUAACAUUGUAUUCAUUAUUAAACUUGGAUGUCUAUUCUGUUCCCCAAUCACAAACAGUCUAUGUCACCUACAACUCAACAGGUGGUGUCCCUAAUCAAACAACCUAUACCACUAAACUCGAUGGUACCGAUGUCAUCGGAUGUAUCAAUACUAUCGUUUUAGCAUGUAAUAUCACUGGUUUGAAAGAGGCAUACACUCACAAUAUCACUGUUAUUUCAUAUAAUGAUGGAUAUUCCAAAUCACAAUCAAUCAUUGCUAAAUAUGUAAUACCACUUGAAGGUUCAACUAUUACUUUUGUAGAACCACAUCCUUAUUUAAUUACAGUGGAAUGGAGUGAGAGUGUCGGUGGUGAAGACUUUUUGACAUUCUACGAUUUGUAUAUCUCUAUUGAUAAUACCAGUUGGGUUGCCACUUCAUGUAGAAACCUCCAAACUCUUAAUUGUGAAAUCGUGUCACUCACUUCAGAUACCCAAUACUACAUUAGAUUGGCCGUAAAGAAUACAGUCUUUAAUCCAAUCUAUAGUUAUAGUUCAACUCGUACUCUAAAAGUUGAUUUGGUAGAUCAAUGUUCAUCUAUUUGUGUGCAAGGUACUUGCAAUAAUAAGACUGGCACAUGUGUCUGCAAUGCCGGAUGGGGCGGCCCGAAAUGUGAUAUCAAAUAUGAAACCAAUCCACCCAUUAUCACACCGGAUCCAACCACUCCAGAGGUAAUAGUUGACAAUGGUAUUGGAUACUACUCUUUCACACUGAGUAAAAUCAUUGAACGUUCAGAGUUGAUGGAGGAGGUCUUCAGCGUAGAGCUAUCCACCCUCAAAUGGGUAUUGUCAAAGAAUGAUAGUACAAUCAUCGAACAUCCUAUCGAUCAUGUCAACGUUUCCAUGAACCAAUGGGUGUAUUCAACCAAUCAAACACGUUCCUCUUCAAUUAGAAUCACUUUCACUCAAAUCAACCCACCUGCCAAUGUAUCACUAUCUGACUUCCCAAUGAAUUUUGCCGGUGAAGACUUCAACUUGACCAUGGGAUCUCUCAAAUACCAAAUCGAUAUCGAUCACUGGAAUUUCACAAGCGUAUUGAAUUUGCUUGAAAUACAACUUUCAAUUGAUUCCGAGGUAGACGAAUGCUAUGACGCGCCAGAGUCGAUCUUUGUCAAUGGAACUGAAUUGACUGGUAUCAGCAUUCCCCAGGCCAAUGGAAACGUUAUCUAUGGUCGUAUCAGUAGGAGAGCUUUACUUGAUGGUGUACCGAGAAUGUCUAAUGUCGUACCAACAACUGUCAAUCAGUCGCUAACCAUCAUUUCGACACUUGUUUCCAAUUUCCAAGAGUCCAUGGUAAUCGAUCCAGAUUUUUCUUUACUUAUUGAUCCCAUGAAGUCCGGGCAUAAUAAGUGCACGGAAUCAAAGAACGACAACAAAUGGAAGAUCAUUGUUGGUUGUGUCGUAGGUGGUGUUGCAGCAAUCGGUAUCGCUGCAGUCACCACUGUUGUAGUUAAAAAGAACAGAAUGAAAAACAUUGAAAACAAACGUGUCACCCAAAAACUACAAAAAUUAAGAUCUCCUCAAUCUUAA